UGGGUGCUGAGUCUCUGUCCAGUUAUCAUAGCAGCAUCAAUUUGAGGAAGACGUGCGUAUGAAGCGUUUCUGUAUUCCAUUGAGAGGAGACCACAGCCUGCUGACCCCCGACACCAAAUCAUCGUCGGGGGUCAGUCUCAGAGAACCGGGGACUUUGGAGGGAAGGGCCUCACUGCCAGGACACCUGAGCGACCUGUCUGCUAGGUGGCGGCCAUCUGCAUCACCAACUCGCCGCUUACGGUUUGAGGAUGAGACAGAGAUUGAAGCAGAGUCUCGUUACCGAGAGCGACAGCUUCAAAGGACGUUUGGGCAGCCGGGGACUGGUGUCCUCAUGUCUAAACUGGACAUAAACCAGUGCAUUAAUGCCCGUUUAGGACACAAAGGGACGGAAGCCGAUGCUGGUCAGCAACAGAGAAGAAAAACAAUGAUGAGGGUGGUGCGACCCUUUGAAUCAGGUGGGGUUAAGUUGGGAAAUACAGCCCACUUGGACCAGCGCCUCCUUCAGCAUCCACCUUUAAAUGAGAGAAGAGGGAGUGGCCUUGCCAGGCCCCACCUCCACAUGCGGACAGAGCUGCUCAAAGACUCCUAUAUCGGCUGUGUCACACCUGCUCCCUCAGGUGAUGGAGUGGGUGGAGAUGUCAGCAAGCACGGGAGAGGGAGAGCCAACAUGAUGCAAAAAAACAGCAACCAGGUUAUCGAUUCACAGGCCCCACUUACUCUGGAAAUACCAGUAAACCCGUAUGCCCCUGUCACAGUGGGGACACCUCCCCAGUCAUCUACUGCCCCCCAUCAUCCCCGUUCAUGUUUGUCUACUUUAACCCCACUCACUGUCAGGCCCCUGAUGAUGUCAGGGAAUGGAAAUCUCAAUAACACAGCAACAGGAGAGAAUCGAAACCAGAACGAGGAGAAACAGAGGAACCACUCAGCUGCUGAGCCUCACAGAGAACCUCAGACCCGGUCAGAGUUGAAGGAAAGGAGAAGAUGCUCUUCCUCAGCUGAAGACAGAGCCCCUCCCACCAGAACUGAGAGACACGUCAGUCAUCCAAUAAGAGAGGAACUCCAGGGUACCAUCACACCUCCUGAAAGGUUCAGCAGAGAUGGACCAUCUCGUCUCUCACUGCGCCGCCUUUUCUCUACAGUCAAACUAAGCAGGCCUCGAACCGGCAGCCUGGACCGGUUAUCCACAAAGCCCCACCCCCCCACUCUGGACCAUGCCCCUAAUGAUGGCAGCAGGUCUUGCAGCCUGUUGAAGAAAUCUCCUUCUGCUCAGUCUCUGGGGGCGCUGGGGUUAAAGAAGUACUCAUCAAUACAGAGUUUUAGUUCUGAGAAGAACAAGAACCGCUGUGCAGAACAUAGACCUGCUGAUGAGCAAUUUCUGCCUCGGUGUCUGAGCUCAGAGGACAUAAGUCAGCCCUGCUCAGGGAGAUCUGUUGGUCGGGUUCUUCAGGUCUGUUCUGAUGGAACGGUUCUGUUAGAACUCAGCCGACCAGCAGAUCAGAAGCUUGGGUUCAUCAUCGGCCGAGGAAAACAACGAACAGACUCUGGUGUGUACGUGGAGGACUUGGUGGACCGCUGCAGUCAGAAGCUGUAUGCAGGCCUCUUAUCUGUGGGAGACGAGAUCUUGGAGGUGAACAGAGAGAAAGUUGCCUCUCUCAGUUUGGAUCAGGUGAACCAGGUGCUGCUCCAGAACCCCACCUCCACCGUACGGAUCCUGAGACGGAAGACCGCCUCUGCACUCUAG